AGCUGUCAAUUAGAAGUUUUAUAGUGUCGUCAAAAUUUGCUGUGUAAUUUAAAAAUACUUAACUUUUCAGAAAGAAAUGGAGCAGUAUUAUCAAGGCUAUGAAAAUAACGAGGUGUUGGAUUGUCAAUGUUCACCAUACGCAGAUUGUCAACAGCAACAGGAAGAACAAUACGAUGAUUUAAAUUGCGCUUGUUCACCUGCAGCACCCUGUCAACAAUCUGAAGAAUAUGGCGCAGAAUAUGGUGAAGAAUUCGCAGAUGAUGCCUGCACAUGUGCGCAGUGUGUGUGUAACAAGUCUCCCCAGGAAAGGCAGUUGCUGGAAUUAACUGACAUUGGUUUGUUAAGACCUGAUAUUGAAGUAAUAGAUACAGAUCCUCUACUCCAAGAACCAUAUUCUACUGUAGAUCUAACAAAUUCGCAAGUGCUUAUGGGAGACGUUCCAAAUGAAGGGGAUGCUGCUGCAUUCGACGCUAAUGGUGGCGUAGUAGUCUACGAACCGGAUGAUCUAUUUUUGUACGUUGCACCUCAAAGUCACAAUUUAGUUAUUCAAAGACAAAGACUCCUUGAUGCGUACAUAGAAGAUUUAUCGAUAAGUGAGGUGGAGGAAGCUGCAGUAGCAUUGCGAUUAUUGGUUAAUCUGUUCCGGCAGAGAAGAAUGGAUAUGAACAAGUUGGUACCCUUGUUCAGGAUUGAGAAGUCCGACCAAAUGCAAACAAGAGAUUGUGGGUGUCCCCUUUAAAAUAUGUUUUUACAAUUAAAUAAAUAAUUUGAAUUCAAAAUAAAUCUAACAUUUUUGGUGAUGAUUUGGUGUUUGAAUACUUGGUGAGAAAUAAAUUAAUAAUCGCUUGUAGUAAUUUCUAAAACUUUAAACAUUACUUGAUACUGAA